AGCCCCUCCCCCUCCCGUGCCUCCCGUCCCGGCCAUUGAUCACCUCCCAGGUCAUUAGUGGAAGGAAAGGACCGGUGACAGAUCUUUGAACACGUCCACGGUCACUGACGGCACCCGACGUGUAGUGAUGCCUCUCCGGGUCGUGAUGCCGGGUCCCGGACCCUGGGGGUUCAGGCUGGUCGGAGGGAAAGACUUUGAUCAACCGCUGACUAUUUCCCGGGUUUCCCCCGGAAGCAAAGCGGCGCAGGCCAACCUGUGUAUCGGCGACACCAUCUUGGCUAUUGAUGGCGAGGCCACAGACAACAUGACUCACUUGGAAGCGCAGAGCAAAAUCAAAGGCUGCGUAGAGGAGAUGACGCUUUCCAUAGACAGAUCAGAAAACAAGUUGUGGUCGCCGCUGUCCUCGGAAGAAGGGAAGUCCCAUCCCUACAAGAUGAAUCUUGCGUCAGAGCCGCGGGAGGUGAAACAAAUAGGCUCCGCCCACAACAGGAGUGCUCUGCCGUUCACCGGUUUCGCUUCCAAGGUCGUGUCCAACCAGUACAACAACCCGGCUGGCCUCUACUCCUCAGAGAACAUCAAGAACUUCAACUCAGCCGUGGACGAAGUUAAAACCUUGGCUGCCGCCGGCGAACCUGACAACGUAUCUGCAUCAGAUCCAUCACAGACCACCAAGCGGGCCCCCGUAGCUGCAGAUUCAGAGGUCUACAAAAUGCUGCAGGAGAACCAGGAAGCUGAUGAACCCCCCCGACAGUCUGCUUCAUUCAAGGUGCUUCAGGAGAUCCUCGAGACAGGAAACUCUGACAAGCCAGCAGGGUUCAGGAGCGUCAAAGCGCCAACGACAAAGAUCGGAUCUUCUGUCGGAAACGCGGAGAAGCUGCCUGUCUGUGAUAAAUGUGGAUCAGGGAUCGUCGGGAUGCUGGUGAAGCUCCGGGACAAGUUCCGCCACCCUGACUGUUACACCUGCACGGACUGCGACGUCAACCUGAAACAGAAGGGACAUUUCUUCGUGGAGGACCACAUUUACUGCGAGAAGCACGCGCGUGAGAGGAUGACCCCGCCCGAAGGCUACGACGUGGUCACGGUCUUCCCCGAGUAAUCUCCUCUUCAGCUCAUAGUAACGACAACCCGAGACGUUCCGACAUUUAGCUCCUUCUUCCUUUUGCGCUGGCACGGGACAGAAUGUCCACUUGCACAUAUGAACUUUGACCUCCACAAUAGGAGCAGCUGGCACCUUUUAGGCAUCAGUCACGUUUUGACGAGUGACUGAUGAGUGAAGUGUUGACAAGAAAAGAACCACAAUCUUUCAGGGCUCUUUGUUUCUGCUCUUUUUAAACUUCUUUAAUCCAACAACCACCAUUUUCUACUGUUUUUAUUGACGAGACAAAUAUCAUACAAACACACGACGCCCAAUAAAUAUUUUAGUUCAAA